CAAUUUUACGUCUGCUAUGGAAUAUGCCGUAAAAUAUGGCGCCUUAAGGAAGAUGUACGAAUUUCUCGAAAAGGGCAAUGGGGGUUACGUGACAAUUCUGACAUCUCUUUUCAUCGCUAACCAACACAUCGUAAUAUUAAUCGAUCUGCUUAUGUAAAUGACGCAGUAACACCGCCGAUCGCAGACUGGCGGGAAAUUUAAAACUUUUGCACUUUAAUGGAUAACUCCAAUUUUGAAUUGAAUAUGUUUUCAAAUCCUCGAUACCACUUGUUCUGAUGAUGUUUAUCUUUAGUCUGGAAGUCAAUUCGUGAUAUUUCAAGGUUUGAUAUUCCCAGGCUAUGGAAAGUAUGGUUGAGGAAAAUGGAUCAGCUGUUGACCCAUUGUCUGCAGGUUCUCAAAGCGGCGAUGCAGCACCAGCAAUAGCAACAUCGGUACAAUCUCUCAAUAGAACACAGCAGCAAACUCAUCAUCUGGUAGCUUCUACCAGCAUUGUGCAACUGACACUACCUACGUCAGGAACAACACAGGUACAAUCUGUUAUACAGCCUAAUCAACAAUCAGUAAUUCAGACUGCAACAAAUAUUCAACCUGUUGCUAUUUCAAAAGGAAAUGUUAUUCUUGUCAGUAAACCCAACUCCGUUAUACAAACAGCUCAAGCAAGUUUACAAACGCUUCAGGUGGUUGAGACUGGUAGCGAUGAUAGUUUCUCAGAUUCAGAAGAAUCUCCAGAACAAAGAGGAGGUAUCCUUACCAGACGACCAUCAUAUAAAAAAAUUCUUAAUGACUUAGGUGGUGGUGAAAUUACUGACGGUCGAUUGCCCCCUCUAGAAUCAUCUUCUGAGUGUGAUUCUAACGUGGACAGUGAAGUGUCUUCCCAUUCGCUUCAUUAUCAGACAGUAAUUCCUGCUGGUACCAUUCAAAUUGCAACCCAAGGCGAAGGUGUUCCUGGACUUCAUACAUUAACUAUGAGUAAUGCAGCAACAGCAGGUGGAGCUAUAGUACAAUAUGCACAAGGCCAAGAUACACAAUUUUUUGUUCCAGUCUCUGACAAUGUUUCAGCUUACACAGGACAUGGUGUCGUAGUAGAAGAUGCAGCUAGAAAAAGAGAAUUGAGGUUGCUCAAAAAUAGACAAGCAGCCCGCGAGUGUAGAAGAAAAAAGAAAGAAUAUAUAAAGUGUUUAGAAAAUCGUGUUGCAAUACUGGAAAAUAGAAAUCAGACGUUAAUAGAAGAACUUAAAUCAUUAAAACAACUAUGCGAACCGAAAACUGACUGAGGUUGGUGUUUAAUGUUGAAACAUUGUAUGAAAACUAUUAACUUGCUAAAAAAAAUUGUACAUGUCUUCUUUGUGUACAUUAUCUUAAAAGUUGUUAAGUAAGCAAUGGUGAUGUACAUGCAUUCUUAUAAAUAAGUGUUUCUGUAACAUACUGUAUUUAAAAUGCGAAUAUAAAGGCUUGUGAAACUUGCUAUUACUAAAGCGAGAAGCCAAAGGUAUAUGAGAUGCAGAGAUAGCAAACUUAUAGGCAAUAUUCUGGAAGUCAAUCUAUAUUUUGGAUAACAAUCAUAUGAAUUUAGGUUAUUAAUGAUUACAUAUUCAAAAUAUGUUGAUAACAAGAUAGUGACAUUAGUAUUUGGAGCAUAUUCAUUUAUAUUACAGUAACUAUGUGAUGUCAAAUGAUAUAUUUGAAACUUUCAAUUAUACAUAAAUAUUAUAUUCUUAUGUUUGAUUCUAUUUGAAAAAUUUUACAUUAGUAAAAAGUAAAGAGCAUUACAAAAAAAUGAGGAGAGUAUAUUUAGUAAUCAAUUUAUAAUAUAAUAUAAUAUAAUAUAAUAUAAUAUAAUAUAAUAUAAUAUUAUAUUAUAUAUAAUAUUAUAUAUAAUAUUAUAUAUAUAUAUAUUAUAUAUAAUAUAUAUAAUAUAAUAUAAUAUAAUAUAAUAUUUAUAUAUAUAUAUAUAUAAUAUAUAAUAUUAUAUAUAAUAUUAUAUAAUGUUAUAAUAUAAUAUAAUAUAAUAUAAAUAAUUGAUCACUAAAAAUACACAUAUUUGAAAGAAACGCCUUAUACACAAUAUUUGCUAGUAUAAUUAGGAAUUAGAUACAACUAUUAAGAUCACAUAGUUUCUGCAUAAAAAAAAGCAUAGUUAUUAGAUAACAGUGUCUAUAUAAUUUUUUUCCAAUUUCUUUAUUCUUUUAUACUUGAAAAAAGUAGAUCCAUUAAAAAAAUGAAUCUAUUAGAAGUAUUUGAGGCAUAAAUAAAGAGAUUAGAGAUAAUUGUAAAAAGAUAAAUAGAUCGAAAUUCUACUACUUUGAUCAUUGCUGCUGCGACAUGUAUAUGUAUAAAAUAUUAUCUCAAUAUAAUUUUUUACUUUAAAUACGAACUUCAGAAACAUAUUAUGAAAAAAAUGUAACUUAUAUAAUGUAGAAAAGCACUAGUUAAAAUAUUCUCAUUUGAUUUUAUUUUCUAUUUUAAGACGCCUUAAGUGCGAAAAGCUGAAAAACAGAAUUUGUAAAAUAUGAAUGUAAUAUAUAUAGAUAUAUAUAUAUACAUAUAUAUAUAUAUCUGGAGUGCCUUGAAGAUUCUGUAUGUAUAUGGUAUACAAAUAAACACGCGCAAGUGCGCUCAUACAUAUGCAUACCUAAGUAUGUGUCAAAUUACAUAUUUUAAGUAAAUAUGGGUACAUGCAAUAUUUUUUAAAUUACAUAUUAUAUUAUAGUUUUAUGUUCUGCGUAAAAUCGUACAGUUAUGUUAAAAUUAAAAUUUCUAUUCCAAUAUAUUUCCAUAUCUUUUGGAAUUAAAUAAAAUCUUUAAAUCACUAAUAUAAAUUAUAUAAUAUAUUCUAAAUUGCAUACAGAUAUAAUUGAAUCUAAAUCAUGUUACAGUAGAAAACAGAAUGUAUUACAAUCAAAUAAUUUAUAUAUUAUGAUUUUUAAUAUCAAGAACAAGAAAUUAUUUUUUAAUAUCUGACACAUAUUUAAAAAGAAUUAUUUGUCUAAUGCAUUUUUUUUCAUAAAAUCAAUGUUAUAUAAUAUAAGUAUAAAACUAUUUGAUGUAUAAUUUUGAUUGUUAUAUAUUUAUAAAAAAAAAAAUUUGAAUAUUGAAAAUCCAGUUUGAUCAUUCGAUAAUUUAAAAUAAUUAUUUAAUAAGUUUGUGCAUGAUUUGCUGAUUAUUUGAAAUGAUAUAAUUUUUUUUUAUAAAAUGUUAAAAUAUAUUAUUAUUUGUAAAAUUAUUUAUAAAAAGUAUAAUAAUAGUAAUAAUUAUAUAGUAAUAACUAUUUGUACAUAUUAUUUUUUUAACAAAACCAAAAUAAAUUUUAUGAUUGAUCAGACUGGAAAAUUUUUUUGUAUAGGCACAAUGCAUAAAUUCUCAAAUUAUUUGCUGUUAAAUUUUUCACUUUGAUAAUAAGAAAAAAAAAUAGUUAUACAAUGUUCUUAUGUGCUUAACAUGUAAUUUGUAAUUAUACAAUUUUAUUGAAUUGGAAAAUAGAUUAUUUCCAAAUUAUUCCCUAUAAAAUGAGAGUACAAUGCGCUUAUAGUGAUAUGUUAUAAAGUAAGAACUCACUAUAAGUUUCUUUUCUUGGCAGAUUUGAAUUCGACUUUAAUUUAGACUGUACACAUCAUCUGUGUUUUAAUGUUAAUUAUAUGUAUGAUAUAUGUAUAUCUUGAUUAUUGCACCGAUAAUAUGAAAUAUUGUAUAUAGAUAAUACAUGUAUUUUUACAUAUCA